AUGCAAGCUCGCCGCAUUCCCAUCGAUAUUCCGGUUGCCGCAUCCUCACCACCAUGGACUGAGCUUCCGGGAGAUGUAACGGCCGAUAUCUCUGCGCGGCUGGGGGCCGCGGGAUGCUGCUUAUCGCGCAGCGCGUGUGUACCACGUGGUGGAAGGCUUGCAAGGAUCCCGCCUUGUGGCGAGUCAUCAAUUUCUCCGACCCUAAUGAAAGGAAAUGCACCCGCAAGACAUUGCCAUGUCCGCCACGCAGUGGAUCGUAGCCAGGGACGGUUGCUCGACCUCACCAUUCAGUAUUUCGGCGACGACGCACUCAUGAACUACAUCGUUGAUCGAUCACCAAAUCUAAAACGCCUUAAACUUGGAUCUUGCUUUUACAUAUCAGGAUAUUGUGCAACUAGAAUGGCUGCAAAACUUGGCCAUUUGGAAGAAUUGCACCUUACUCUUAGACCAGGCAUUGGUGCUGCCGACAUUGAAGCUAUUGGCUAUUCUUGCCCAAUGUUGAAAUCAUUCUCAUGCAACGGAUUGAAGUACAGGUUUCCGCCAUUGUUAACAGGUGUUUAUUUACCCGUAUACUAUCGGAAUCUGUAUGCUUUUGCAAUCAGUAAAAGCAUGCCUAAUCUGCAGCAUCUUCAACUCUUUGCACAUUGGAUCGAAAAUGAAGGACUAGAAUUGAUCCUUGGCGGAUGUCGCGCCUCGAAUCUCUUGACAUCAGGCAAUGUUUUGAACUCGAUCUUCGAGGGGAUUUGGGGGAAAGAUGCCAUCAGCGAAUGA